UCUGAAGGAACACGUCACAUAUUCGCUGUGGUCGCUAAGCAGAACUGCGAGAAUUCUAUGCAAUAGUUGUUGCACGCAAAACAUUUGGACGAGCAAACGCGGAGUAUGAGAGGGGCGUGGAUAGUAGUGAAUAUAGAAGAAUAUAGAAAGUGAAUUGAACCAAAAAAAAAUAAACACAAAAAAAAAAAUACAAAAAAAGACAAAAAAUGUGUAAAUCUAGUGGAACGAAAUGUAUUUAAUCAGCCGUUUUUUGGGAGGCAAAGUUCGAAAUGCGAGCAGAUUUCCGUGGCCUCAAUGGGAGAGGAAAUGUUUUGAGUGAAAGUGAAAAAUAUACGAGUAAAUAAAAGCAAGCUAGUACAAAAAUUAUACAACCCAAAAUAUGCCUAAGAAAAUCUUUAUUUAUUUAGAAAAAUAAAUUAAUUAAAAAACAAAAAAAAAGAAGAAAAAAAACAACAACGUCACUGGUGCAUUGAGAAUAGGCAAAAUUCAAAUUUUUGUGCUGCGGAAAACCCCUAAUUGUUGGCCGCGUGCCAUCAAAACCCAAAAAAAAAAAAAACAAAAAAAAAACCAAAAAAUAUUUAAAUAAAAAAUAGCCACAAACGAGGGCUCGUAGUAAGAAGAAGACAGACAACAGUUAGGCCAACAAAAGAGAGUGCAAACAAUGAGUGAAUCAUUCGUAAGUGUCUUCAAUUCCGCCCGACUGGCACUCGGCUCAACCGUUAUUGUAUAUUUACUAUCCUACAAUGAAGCUUGUGGACCAGCAAUCUUCUUUGCCAACAUUUUCGCCGUGACAUAUGCCUUAAUGGCAGCAUACUGCAAAUCCAGUCUUAAUACCCUCCAAAUGCCGUAUAUACGUGCGAGUAACAAAUUCGAUUACACCGUCCUCUUUCUCGCCACGUGGAUGGAUGUGCUGUCGCUGCUGUGUGCCUGCGCUACUUUGGCGCGUACAAUGAGCACAAGUUUGGAUGCAAUGACGGGUGGCAUGGCGCAUAUAUUUCUACUGGGCCGCAACUCAUCACCGAACGAGCCAUGGCCGGAUAUACUGGGUGUUGCGGUGGUUAUUUUAAUAACGGCAAUGUUUAUGCUAGGCUUGGAGAAUUCACAUGUCUUCCAUGUAAUUAUGUGGAUUGGCAUGUUCAUCAUAAACUCUAUACCAAUCGGUGCCACGUACUUGAAAGCAGAUAUUGUGGAAUGGACGCGAUAUUUGUUUCGACCCAAUGGCCUAACCAGUCUUCUGACGCCAGCAGCAAUACUAGUAUUCGCCUAUCCCAGCGAGUUUCCAAUGCGUAAUUCGUGCUUUGAACGCUUCAGAGAACUUCGUAGCUUCUGUGUUACGCACUUCUUCUUGACUGUGACGAUAUUAUUUUUAUCAACAGUCGUUACUUACAAAACCGUUGAGGAGUACAUUGCGAACCCAUUAUUCACAUUGCUCGACGAAGUGGACUUACACAAACUGGUACCAGCUGUCGGCUGUGUACUAAUGUUAACCUCCUCAGCAGCGUAUCUGCAGUUCUUCCCCGAACUCUACGGCAUCAUUGUGCGUUUUGCUACCUCAGAAUGGAAAGUACUCUCCAGGCAAAUAAGUUACGAAAGUCCCGACAGCGGCAGUCCGGUGUUGGCCAUCUUUAUAAGUGGAAGUCUUUGUGCGAUGUUGGCCUUUGCGUGUCCCAUGCAACAUCUGAUCCUCAUGUUGGCGGCUAGUUAUUUGGUUGCAGUCUACCUGCGAGCAUUCUACUUACUGUACAUACCAUACCGUCCAAAGUACAUACAACGCACGUUUACAAUUUCAUCGCUCGAAUACAGUCGGCUGCCGACGGGAGCGCGCGCAAAACGCGAACGUUCAGCUUCGAAAAGUGGCUUAAAACGUAGCUUAUUGAAUGUGGCCAGUAAAAGUGUGGCGAGUAAAAGCGAAAUCAAAAUAAUCAAACAUAAGAAAAAAGCGAAAAAGGAGUUGGAGAAGGAAUGGCUUUUACUGGGCGAGCCCACAUCGCCAUGUCCAACGCGCGAACCGAGAGAUGUGGAGUCCGCAAUGCAAACGAGUCGGGAGACGCCGGAUACCCAUUAUGUGUACCCGGAAAAAGUUGAGGCCACUGAUACGGAGAGCUCCACCGAUAUUGAUGCGAUUGUCGAUGAAUAUAGGCAAAAAGUUCGGAUUACAACAACAGGACUGAUUAGCAUCACCACCCGCGUGCCGACUGUCAUCUCUUGGCGGCUUGGUUUGUUCUUUAUAUGUUUAGUGCCUUUCGGUUCACUUUUAUUUGGAACGGCGUCUAUACUACAGAAACAAGAUGAGCUGCUCACAUCCGGCGCUGUUUCUGUGCUCAUGAGUUCAAUGCUUUCGCUAUUUCCGCGCCACAAAAGCGGUGUUGUGCUUGUGAAUUCAAUGUUCUGCAGUAUUGUCAUGUUGGCCAGUGCGUCCCUUUACUCCGCAUGCGCCUACUACACGUGGCCGGCGAUUGUAUUUUGGACGCUUGCCGGACUCAUGCUUCUAUUGCGCUGUGAUAACUGGUGUUGUAGCUGUUUCGAACAGAGUGGCGGCAGUAUACAAGAACAGCUGAUACCCAGCGAUGCACCGAAGCCGAAGGCAUUGACGAAAUCAACGACUAUACAUAUACCCGGGCCGCCCACUAAUCUCGUGACAAUACCAACACACGUGAAUGCGGCAAGUAGUUGACAAAUCGAGUCCUCAGAGAGUGAGGAUCUCAAUGUGUGCGACUUCAAGGAGAAUAGAAAUGGUGACGAUGAAUUUUCUUGGAGCGAAUAGAGAGUUGUGUGAAAAAGAAAAAAAAAACAAAAAAAAAAA